CUCAACUUUUCUGCUCCAUACCAUGCAUCACUGAAUACAUUUCAUCUGCCAGUUCACCAGUUUCUUCUAAGAGAACUUGUUCAAACUGCUCAAAGUAUAUAAUUCUAAAUUAUGCCCCCUUUUAUUUCCCUACCUUGUUCUUGAUCAUAGUCUUAGUUGUAAUUUCUGCAUUUUCUUUUUUUAUUUUUUGAGACUGAAUUUGACUCUUGUUGCCCAGGCUGGAGUGCAGUGGCGCGAUCUCGGCUCACUGCAACUUCCAUCUCCUGGGUUCAACGAAUUCUCCUGCCUCAGCCUCCCAAGUAGCUGGGAUUACAGCCAUGCACCACCAAGCCCGGCUAAUUUUGUAUUUUUUAGUAGAUGGGGUUUCGUUCGCCAUGUUGGCCACGCUGGUCUUGAACUCCUGACCUCAGGUGAUCCGCUUGCCUUGGCCUCCCAAAGUGCUGGGAUUACAGGUGUGAGUCACUGCGCCCGGCCAUUUUCAUUUCUUUUGAAGAUGUGUCGUCUUGGUUUAGUAAAAAGAAGUUUUUUCUACUUUUAGUUCCUCUGAUGGAUUCUCUAGAAAUAUUUUUUUUUGCAGAAAUUAACAUGUGAAAAGUACUGUUUCUCUUCACCUUUACUCUUUUCAUUUGAAAUUCUCUGUAAAUGGGAUUAUUGUUUAUCCAUUCUGUUCUAUUUAACUGUAUAGGGAGCAACCUACUAAAAAAUUAAUCCUAGGACAGUUAGUUUGGAUUUUCCAAGAUGUGGAAUAAUAUUAUAUUUCUUUUAUAAUGAUAAAUGAAGUGAUUCUUUUGAAAAAUUGAUGGCCAUAGAUAAACCUACAUGUCUCUAUGUAAUCUUUUAAAAAUUUAUGUGAAAAUGUGUGAAGAAUCAGUGUCAUUUUGGCUUUGAGAGUCCUAAGGCAGUAUAAUUAUGGUUGUUAGCACUUAGGAUAUGCUAAUUUUUAAAUGUUCUUGUUCAGAAUAAGAAAAUCCAUAGGCAACCACAGUGCUUCUAAAUAUAACAAAUUUCUUUCAAAUAAUACUUCUUUUGGACUCAGGUUGCCAUAAUUUGGAUUUUGCUUCUUCUGUUUAGUUAUAUUUUACUACUCAAAGUUUCAUCCCUGAGUUGCUAGAUCAGCAUCACCCAAGAGUUUGUUAGAAAUGCACUUUCUCAGGCUGGGAGCAGUGGCUCACGCCUGUUAUCCUAGCACUUAGGGAGGACGAGGUGGGCAGAAUGCCUGAGCUCAGGAGUUCGAGACCAGCCUGGGAAACACAGUGAAACCCUGUCUCUACUAAAAUACAAAAAAAUUAGCUGAGCACUGUGGCAUGCACCUGUAAUCCCAGCUACUUGGGAGGCUGAAGCAGGACAAUUGCUUGAACCCGGGAGGCUAAAGUUGCAGUGAGCUGAGAUCAGGCCACUGCACUCUAGUCCAGGCGACAGAGUGAGACUCUGUCUCAAAAAGAAAAAAAAAGAAAUGCACUUUCUCAGGUCUUACCCAGACCUGCUGAUUCAGAACUGCAUUUAUCCCCAUGUGAUUCCUAUACAUGCUAAAGUUGGAGCAGUAUUGAGAACUUCUUUGUUAUUUAGUAUUCAUAUCUGUUUUUGAUAAAUGUACAAAAGAAUUAUGAGCAUUGAAUAGUAUAUUUAAGUGGUCAGAACAAUACCAGCAUGUAGUAAGAACUCAAUAAAUGUUAACUAUUAUUAUUCUCUUAACAAACUCACAAACCCUUUUGAUGGGUUUGCUUCAGCUCCUCUGGCUGCUGCUUCAGUUAUAAUCUGUUGCUUCAGGUCUUAUUCCAUGGAACGUUACUUACCAUUCUCUUUUGCUUUUCAACCCUUCAAUACUAUACUAGUCUUUUGUCUUUUUACUUUUUUGCUAUGGGCCAUAUAGUACUCUCUUCAGCCUGCUUUCUCUCCCUGCAGAAUCAUAAAACUGGAAGGGACCUUAGAGACUCACUACACAUCUUCAGCAGAUGUCCCAGACAGAUUGAAAAAGGCUGAAGCAGGAAAGAUUUAGUGUAGACAGAGUCACUAUGUUUCCCAGGCUGAUCUUAAACUCCUGAGUUCAAGUGAUCCUCCUGCCUUGGUCUCCCAAAGUGCCGGGAUUACAGAGACAUUUUAAAUCCAAAGGAUGUGAUCAGUGUCCAGCUGGAAGACACUACCACUACCUCUUGCAAAACUUUUUGCAGCCUAUCUUGUCUUUCAUCAUAUGAAGAAAAAAGAAAACCAUUUGUUACCAUAUGUACUAAUAGCAUUUUGACCAAGUGCAGCAUGUGCCAGAAGACUGCUAUUAUUCAGUAUGAAGUAAAAUACCAAAAUGUGAAACAUAAUCUUUGCAGUAAUGCCUGCCUUUCAAAGUUUCACUCUGCUAACAACUUCAUCAUGAACUGCUGUAAGAACUGUGGCACUUACUGUUACACCAGCUCUAGUCUGUCCCACAUACUUCAGAUGGAAGGACAGUCUCAUUACUUUAAUAGUUCAAAGAGUAUUACAGCAUAUAAGCAGAAACCUGCCAAACCACUUAUAUCUGUUCCUUGCAAACCAUUGAAGCCCUCAGAUGAAAUGAUUGAGACUACGAGUGAUUUGGGGAAGACAGAGCUUUUCUGCUCUAUUAAUUGUUUCUCUGCAUACAGUAAAGCUAAGAUGGAAUCUUCUUCAGUAAGUGUUGUUUCUGUGGUGCAUGAUACUUCAACAGAGCUUCUUUCUCCAAAGAAAGAUACGACUCCAGUUAUAAGCAAUAUAGUGUCAUUGGCAGACACCGAUGUUGCCUUGCCCAUCAUGAACACUGAUGUCUUACAAGAUACAGUUUCUUCAGUAACAGCAACAGCAGAUGUCAUUGUGGAUCUUUCUAAGAGUUCACCUAGUGAACCCAGUAAUGCUGUUGCUAGUAGUAGUACGGAACAGCCAAGCGUUUCACCAUCUUCAUCAGUAUUCAGUCAGCAUGCAAUUGGUUCCAGUAUAGAAGUACAAAAAGACAAUAUGAAAUCUAUGAAAAUAAGUGAUGAACUAUGUCACCCAAAAUGUACAUCCAAAGUACAAAAAGUUAAAGGUAAAUCACGAAGUAUUAAAAAAUCUUGUUGUGAAGAUUUUGAGUGUUUGGAAAACAGUAAAAAAGAUGUGGCAUUCUGUUAUUCAUGCCAGUUGUUCUGCCAAAAAUAUUUUAGCUGUGGAAGAGAGUCAUUUGCAACCCACGGAACUUCUAAUUGGAAAAAAACCCUGGAAAAAUUCAGAAAGCAUGAAAAAAGUGAAAUGCAUUUGAAGUCAUUGGAAUUUUGGAGAGAAUACCAAUUUUGUGAUGGAGCUGUCAGUGACGAUUUAUCUAUUCAUUCGAAACAGAUUGAGGGAAAUAAAAAGUACCUAAAGCUUAUAAUUGAAAAUAUUUUAUUUCUUGGAAAGCAGUGUUUACCCUUAAGAGGAAACGACCAGUCAGUUUCAUCUGUGAAUAAAGGCAAUUUUUUAGAAUUGUUAGAAAUGAGAGCAAAAGAUAAAGGAGAAGAAACAUUUCGACUUAUGAAUUCACAAGUUGACUUCUAUAACAGUACACAAAUUCAAAGUGAUAUUAUCGAAAUAAUAAAGACUGAAAUGUUGCAGGAUAUUGUGAAUGAGAUCAAUGACUCCUCAGCAUUUUCAAUCAUAUGUGAUGAGACAAUCAAUAGUGCCAUGAAAGAACAGCUUUCAAUUUGUGUAAGAUACCCACAAAAAUCAUCAAAGGCUAUCUUAAUUAAGGAAAGAUUCUUGGGUUUUGUUGAUACUGAGGAGAUGACUGGGACCCACUUACAUAGGACUAUCAAAACUUAUCUGCAGCAAAUUGGAGUUGAUAUGGAUAAAAUACAUGGCCAGGCCUAUGAUAGCACCACUAAUUUGAGGAUAAAAUUUAAUAAAAUAGCAGCAGAAUUCAAGAAAGAAGAACCAAGAGCUUUAUACAUACAUUGUUAUGCACACUUUUUGGAUUUAUCAAUAAUUAGGUUUUGUAAAGAAGUAAAAGAACUCCGAAAUGCUCUAAAAACUCUCAGUUCUUUGUUCAACACUAUUUGUAUGUCUGGGGAAAUGUUGGCAGAUUUUCGAAACAUUUAUAGGCUAAGUCAAAACAAAACAUGCAAGAAACAUAUAUCACAAUCAUGUUGGACAGUCCAUGAUCGUACAUUACUAUCUGUGAUUGACAGUCUUCCAGAGAUUAUUGAAACAUUGGAAGUUAUAGCAAGCCAUUCUUCAAAUACAAGUUUCGCCGAUGAAUUGAGUCAUUUGCUGACAUUGGUUUCCAAAUUUGAAUUUGUCUUUUGUUUGAAAUUCCUGUAUCGAGUGCUGAGUGUUACAGGAAUUCUUUCCAAAGAGCUUCAAAAUAAAACCAUAGACAUUUUUUCUUUGUCUUCAAAAAUAGAAGCAAUUUUGGAAUGUUUAUCAUCUGAAAGAAAUGACGUAUACUUUAAAACAAUCUGGGAUGGAACAGAGGAAAUAUGUCAAAAAAUAACCUGUAAAGGUUUUAAAGUUGAAAAACCUUCUCUUCAGAAAAGAAGAAAAAUUCAGAAAUCAGUAGAUCUUGGCAAUUCAGAUAAUAUGUUUUUUCCUACUUCAACAGAAGAACAAUAUAAAAUUAAUAUCUAUUACCAAGGAUUAGAUACUAUAUUACAAAAUUUAAAGUUAUGUUUUUCAGAGUUUGAUUAUUGCAAAAUAAAGCAAAUUUCAGAACUGUUAUUUAAAUGGAAUGAACCAUUAAAUGAAACAACAGCAAAACAUGUUCAGGAAUUUUAUAAACUUGAUGAGGACAUUAUCCCAGAACUUAGAUUUUAUCGACAUUAUGCAAAGCUUAACUUUGUCAUAGAUGAUAGUUGCAUAAACUUCGUCAGUCUCGGCUGUUUGUUUAUUCAGCAUGGUCUUCACAGUAAUAUUCCUUGUCUCUCAAAGCUAUUAUAUAUUGCUUUGUCUUGGCCAAUUACUUCAGCAAGUACUGAGAACUCAUUUUCUACCCUGCCUCGUCUUAAGACAUAUUUAUGUAAUACCAUGGGACAAGAGAAGCUUACUGGCCCAGCCCUAAUGGCUGUUGAGCAGGAGUUGGUAAAUAAACUAAUGGAGCCUGAAAGACUCAAUGAAAUUGUGGAAAAGUUUAUCAGUCAGAUGAAAGAAAUAUAAUACAUGCUCAUUUGAACUUACCUAAAAGACUUGUAUUUCCAUUGGGAUGUUUUCAUUUCAAAAUUGUUCAAAAUUCAAAAGACACAGAAUGAUAAACAGUGAAGUCUCCUUCCCUCCUUUAGAACUCAUUUUCUCUUCCCAAAAAGUGUUAUCUUUUCCUUAAAUAUCCCUCUAGAGAUAUUUUUCCUAAGUGGUAUUGUACGGUAUAUACUGUUCUUCAGCUUGUCUUCUCUGUGUAACAUAUUUUUGAGAUUGUCCCAUGUCGUUACAUGAAGAGUUUCUUGAUUCUUGGUCUAUAACUGCAGAUGUUAUUGUAUGAAUGUACCAUAAUAUAUUUGAGCAGUCCCUGCUGACAUUUUUUCCUAACCUUUUGCUAUUAUAAAUAAUGAUUCAUUUUAUAACCUUUUAUAUAGGUCACAUUGCACAUGAGUGAGUUACUGUAAGCUGGAAAUCUAAAGUUAGAAUUACUAGGUUAAGAUAUGUGCAUUUUUACUUUUGAUAGAUAUUGGCAAGUUGCCAUCUAUAAGGAUUGUGCCAAUUUACAGUCCCACCCACAAUGCAUGAGAGUGCCUAUUAAAUCUUUGUAAGUGUUAUCAAAUGUUUUGAUCUUUCCUAAUCUCUUUAAAAAUGGCAUUUUAAUCUCAGUAGAAUUUUGUAUAUUCACUUAAGAAUAAGGUUGGGGACUGGGCGUGGUGGUUCACACCUAUAAUAAUCUCAGCCCUUUGAGGGCCUACGCAGGAAGGAAGAUCACUUGAGGCCAUGAGUUCAAGAUGAGGUUGGCAACAUAGUAAGACCUCAUCCCUACAAUUUUUUUUUUUUUUUUUAAUUAGCGAAGUGUGGUACUGCACACCCGAAGUCCCAGCUACUUGGGAGGCUGAGGCAGGAGGAUUGCUUAAGCCCAGAAAUUUGAGGCUGCAGUGAGCCAUGAUUGCACCACUGUGCUCCAGAGUCUAGGCAACAGAGUGAGACCUUAUCUCUUUAAAACAAACAAGAAUGAAGUUAGGUAUCUGUUUAUUUGUUUGAGCCAUUUGUAUUUCCUUUUUUGUAGACUGUCCUGUUUAAACGUUAAAAUCACUGCUGUGUUUUUGAUUUAUACAUCUCAGCUGGAUGGCACAAUAAAUUAUUAAGCCAUGUUAUGAAAAUAUAACUAUACUUAAGUAACCUGCAAAGAAAA